UUGUUAAACAGUAAAAUGUGUAUAUAUAACGUAGAAGUUCUUGAAUUAUUAAUCCCUUCCGUGAUAUUAAAUUACUUUCAUUUCAUUCCGUAUAGAAAUGUACCGUGUAUAGAGUUUAUACAAGAAACAGGAAGUUCAUCUGGCGCUAAAUGUAAAAGCAACACAAGAUUUUGUUCUGACAGUUCAAAUAUCAGUCAUAAUCAACCCUCUGUGUAUCAGGACAGUGUCAAUAUGAAAGAUCUACUUGCCCUCAAAGAUAAAAUUAUGAAUGACAGUGUGUUGGUCGAAGAGGAGCCCGUUCGUAAUGGCAUCAAAAAUAUUGAACUCCUGGAUCUUACGAAAUUUGGCUAUGAGAAGGUACCCAAUGGUGAAAAAGGGGACCAGUUAUUGCUGUGUCGGCAAGUUUCUGAGAAGUCAUCAUCGAUGUCGAGCAGUUCCAGUAGUUCGGACGAGCCGAAAGUGGACUUAGAGUUGAUGCAGAUGAAGAAACGGGUGGGACUACUUUCAGGUGUGGCUCUGAUUGUAGGAACAAUGAUAGGUUCUGGUAUUUUUAUCUCACCAAAGGGUGUGCUACAGAGCAGUGGCUCUGUGGGUUUAAGUCUGAUUGUAUGGAGCUUAUGUGGACUUAUUGCACUUCUAGGUGCACUGUCGUACGCAGAGCUUGGUACUAUGAUCACAAAGUCUGGGGCGGAGUAUGCGUACUUGCAGGAAGCAUUUAGUCCUCUCCAUCGUAUUCUCGGACCCAUACCGUCAUUCUUGUUUGCCUGGACAUCGGUUCUCAUCCUGAAGCCAGCGUUGUUUGGUGUAACUUCCAUGAGUUUUGCCGUGUAUGUAGUGGAGCCGUUUUGGGGACCGUGCGGGUCAACGGAUUUAAUUGUCAAGCUGGUGGCUGUCCUGUGUCUAUUUUUAAUCACAUUUAUUAAUGCAUACAGUGUGUCGUUGGCAACCAAAGUUCAAAAUUUUUUCACUGUGAUGAAGCUUAUAGCUAUUGCUAUAAUAAUUGGAGGAGGAGCAUACAUGCUCACACAAGGUUACACUGAACAUUUGGAGACAGGGUUUGAAGAUACUACAGAAUCUGUUUCUAUGGUAGCGCUUGCAUUUUAUGAUGGUCUUUGGGCUUAUGAUGGCUGGAACAAUUUGAAUUAUGUAACUGAAGAAAUUAGACAACCAUAUAAAAAUUUACCAAGAGCUAUUAUGAUUGGCAUCCCUCUAGUAACAAUAUGUUAUAUAUGUAUCAAUAUAUCAUACUUCACAGUCCUGUCUAAACAAGAUAUCCUGUUGUCUAAUGCUGUAGCAUCGACAUGGGGAGAGUUUGUUCUUGGUUCAGCAGCUAUAAUUAUACCAAUAUCAGUGAUUAUGUCAGCAUUUGGUGGUGCUAAUGGAACCUGCUUUACAGGAGGCCGAGUAAUGUAUGUAGCAGCUAGGGAGGGUCAUUUGCCAGAAGUGUUCUCAUAUAUUCAUGUUAAACAGUAUACACCUUUACCCUCACUAGUAGUUUCUGUUAUCUUAUCUGCUGCCAUGGUGCUUUUUGGAGAAAUCUUUGCCUUGAUAGAUUUCUUCAGUUUUACUGCCUGGUUUUUCUAUGGUUUGACGAUGUUGUCAUUGAUUGUGUUACGAUGUACACAGAAAGAGAGGAAACGACCUUAUAAGGUACCAUUGUUUGUACCAAUAUUUGUGUUGUUGGUAUCAAUAUAUCUUGUGGUGGCGCCAAUCAUUCAGGACCCUCGUGUAGAAUUCUUCUAUGCCUUCUUAUUCUCUAUUAGCGGGAUAGUGUUCUAUGUUCCAUUUGUAGUCUACAAAAAGAAAUUGCCUGUUAUGGAUAAAAUCACGUAUUUCAUGCAAGUUGUGUUAAUGGUAGCACCCAGCAAGUUUGUGCCUGCGGAAUGAGUCGAGACGUAACAUCGUAGACAUUUGUAAAUUAAUGAUUGUGAUCUCACAACUGACGUCAGAGGACAGCCAUCACCGGCUAUAUAUAAAACCGCAGCAUGCGCGUGCUCGAGACACUGCUUCGUCAAAUCAGGUGUAACAUAUUCGUAGGAAUAUAAUUAUAUACAUGUAUUAUGUAUAUACAUGAAUAAAAAGAUCUGCAAAAAUGUAUAACAGAUAUAUUUACAAAGUACAUGUAUUUUAUGUUAGUCUAGGAUCAUUAUUCAAAUUGAAAUAUUUUUGACAAGGUAACUGAAUAGUAAAAUGUUACUACGUUAAACAUUCAAUUAUACAUGUUGCUAUGUUGCAUUGCCACCUUUGUUUCUUUGUUUUAGAUUUUAAAAAUUUAUAGGCUGUUUUUCUUUUGUUGUUUCUUAUUUUUAUUAUUGUUCUUAUUUUUAUUAUUGUUUCUUUCAAUUUUUGUUUGUUUGUUCUAUUAUCAUAUCCUCAAUUUACAAUAAAGUUCAAUGCAUUUUUUAUCAUCCAUAUCAAAAUAUAUAUCUGUCAUCUGCAAUACAAGCCUAGAUUCAUAUCAAUUGAUAUCAGGACAAAUUAGCCUACAGUAAAUUCUUUGGACAGCAAGCAUUAUCAUACCUGCUAUGGCAUUAGUUCAUGUCCUUGGUGCACUAAAAUCAAUAUAAAGGUUAAUGCAGCUCAAGGUUUGAAAAUUGUUUCUUUCAUUACUAAAGUUCAUUUUAAGGUUUCAUAAUACACAUCACCUUUGAAAGUAAGUCAUGACAUCCCUGUAUGAACUUUCUUAUAUUGUUAAGGAAAAUUCAAUGUAAUAGAGUAUUUUACACAGAGACAUUCAAGAGUUCUAUAACAUAUUUUUUUAUAUAUGUGUUUUCUAUAUAUGUUUCCAUUCAAACCUCCAGACACAUUUCAAUUAAUCUAUCCAGUCUCUUUCUGAUAUAACAGAUCUAAGGCAAUACAAACCAUUUGUAGCGAAAUCUAUAUAACUUUGCCCCAGUGCAAAUUUUUUGUAAUCUAACAUUGAACAAGAUACUGUAGGCAGACACUGAGACCAUGAUUUUGCCAUUGAUAUCUCAUUUGAAUGUCAAGACCUACACCAAUCAUUAUCAUAAUUCAUGGUAUCCCAGAAUUCAUAGUGAAUAUGGACAAAGUUUUUUCCCCAGAUAUAUAUACAGUAAGUAAUAUCAUAUUUUGCCAGUUAAAUGUUUACUAUGUGUAUACAUUGUAUAUCAAAGUAAGAUGUUUUAGUCAUGCAUAAUUUCCACUUUUCAUAUGAAUCACAUUUCCAGUCCUGUUUCUAGCCAUGUCACAAACCAUUAUUUAAAUCACAAUUAAACCUUGUUUUAUCAGCCAUACCUCAGAUAUAUAUUUUUUAUUUGUUCCAUAUGUCCAGUCAUAUUUUUGUUUUAUUACUUCUGGUCGAGUCAUAUUUCAGUCAUAUCAGAAGUUUCAUAUCUGAUGUUAUUGCGAUAGUAUUGUAAGAGUGGAAGUUGUGAACAUUUGUCAUGAUAGUAAUGAAAGAGUUGAAGUUGU